GUAGUCACCAAAUCGACCGGUCUGCUGUCAGUCGAACAGUGCUCGGCACACUCGUAAAUAAAUCUUUCCUUCCACCCAACCACAGACUACUUGGAUGCGCAUUGGGAAGCACCCCCAUAAACGCAACGUGGCAAGACGAUACGUCGUUCCAUUUUGUCACAAAAAAACGGAGUCGUCUGGGUUAGAUAGUCAAAGAUAUCGAGCGCGAGUGCGCGUUUGUUUCAGUUCCGGUGAAGAACUCUAUACCGCAGAAGAUUUCUUGUACAUCCCACUCCGGUGAAUGAGUUAUCGUAGAAUCGCAUCACCAUGAGAGUCAUGUGUGUCAGAUUAGAAUCGCAUAAAUUACCCCGUCACCUGAGAAGGUAGCGUAGAGUGGUGGGCUGUUUGAAGUUGGUCACCGGUUUAAGCCGUCCAAUUGGCAAACUUGCUCCCCGGUAUUAUAUCAGUGUGUGAUUCACGUUUGGAAAUGCAAAUGUGAUCAGAGUCGGAGGCGAGCCGAGAAAGAUAGUCAUCGAACCGGGAUAUGAAUUCGGCGAAUGGAGAAGAGAUUGGGAAUUCCUAGAAUUGUGCACAUAACAAGCGUUGCUGAUGAGGUGCUACAUUCCUAACUCAAUCUUUCCAAAUCUUGGAUAGUGCGACAGGGCAAACAAAAAACGAAGCAGAAAAGGUGAGAUUAUGAUUGUUAAGUUCAGAAGAUUGCGUUACAGUGAAGCUUAGAGAAGAGUAAACAAGCUAAGGUAAGAUCAUAUUCAAGAAAAAGAGGAAUGGUCAAUUUCCGUCAUCGCUUGAGUAAUGUUACCUUGAACAUCUGUACGGUUUUGAGUGUGAUCAUUGUUAAGUUAAAACCUUUUGAGCUCAAAGCAACAAAGAAUACUUUGUUACAUUGAGUCAGGCUUAGGCUUCUUCUAUUUGCAGAUUUUCUCUUCUGCCAUUAUGAUCCUUUUCAAUUUCUAAAAAGUAAUUCUUCUGAUUCUGAUUCUCAGCAGGUUUAUUGCAAAAGUAGAGACCGUACAGGACAAUGUUUCAACGUGCAUUGUCCACGUGUUAAAAAAGUCCUUCUCACCCGAACCUGCAUUCAACUGGAAUGACGGUGCAAAACAAACGACACAAAAUCUGUCGCUAUCCAUCCAUCAUCCGGAAGGCUGAUUCCGGCUUGCGCUUCCAGGUAGCGGGUAGCAUUAGCAAUCUACGUCCAAAACCAGGGGACAUCUAUCGCUACUACCAGGUCGGCAGCAUUGUCACUGCAAGUGUUCGGUAUCGUUUAUUUCGGGGUUACACCUCGGAAGGCUACCGUGCCCGCUGCUCUGUCGGAGUGUAUCGGGUCGAAGCAAUUAUGCGCAUUCGUAAUGUGUCCUCCCCUUGCGUCGACGGUAGAACUCUCCACGGAAUGUCUUCAAAAAGGGAUAUAGAAUUUGGCGCAUCGUAUCCGGUGGUCACCCCGGUGGAGCACGCUGGACACGACCCGCUCCAGCCAUGCAUGGGGAGCGGCAGGUUCGUAGUGGGAUUGUGUUUCCGAAUAAUUUUAAUUAAAAAUUCAAAUUUAUCACACCUCUCGUGUUGGAUGCCCACAGCGUGGCCUAGAAGGGUUUCCGCUUCUUGGAAGGAACACAGCAACACACAAAAGACGACGGCGGAAGAGCACUACACGAACGUGUGGGACACAUUUCGGCACCGACCGGCGGCGGAUAGUUCUUGAGUAGAAUUCCAAUUCCAGCAUCGGGACGUGAAACCACUUGCCCCACAAUAACCGGUUGAUUCCCCCUUCUUCAGGGCGGAUACGAUGGCCACCUGGGGGUAGAUAUCGCUCCGACGACCCAGCAGUGCUUUACGGUGCAUAAAUCUUCCGGUGGAGAACUUGUUGAUGGCGACUUUGGCGAUUCCUGGGAAAGAAGCGGCAGGGUUUCUCGCUCUCUCACUCUCUCUUCCCAAAGACUACGCGAUCCGGGUUUAAAGUGACAAGAUGAAACGCUGCCACUUUCGGGGUGUAAAUGUCAUCCUCUUCUUUCGGAGAGUGUAAAAUACUUCCAUCUCCUCCUGAGGGAUCUAAUGCAAUGAGCACAAAAGUCAACAACAAAAAAACUGCAGCGAAUGCCACAAUAAUGCAAACAAAUUCCUUACCAAAGAACGCGCUCUAACAGCAGCACCAGUCAAUUUGUGGUACACAUUUUCCGUACACGAGAAGAACGAGCCGUACCAGGAACAAACCUAAGCUCCGACCGUUUGCCUUCUCUCUAUCUUUCCUGUUUGGUCAGAAAGCGGAGGGAAAGGGCAAAGCGGAUAAAGCGGAUCACUCGCACACAUCUACAUACUUUGUGUUCCACCACAUUGCCACGAGGCGGCGGCGGCGGCGAUGGCGGCAACCUUCAAAGGCGAGUUCACGCUUAUCUUAAUUUUUUGAUGAACUUAUUCCUCGCCCUUUUCCCUGCACGCACAUCACACAGAACAAGAAACACAGACACACACACACACACAUACACCGAGGAGCCGUCCUGGGCGCGGAGGGCACUCCAGUAGACUUUGAAAUCUCCUCACGCCUUCCCAUUGGCUUUGGAGGAUUUUUAGAAUUCAGUGUGAGGGGGGUUGUGAGGGGUUUUUUUUGGAGUUCUUUUGCCCGCCAACGGACCAGCCCAGCAUGAGCGUGAUGCAAUCAGCGGCGUGUGAGGAUGACAUCAGAAAGGAUACACACCGAAAUGAGACCUGUCAGAGAAGCUGGUGUAAAUGAAUACAACCGUAGCAAAAAGGGUGUCUUUCUUUGGAGCGAACCUGUACAAAGCUAAACCAUACCAAAGUCGAACAGCCGAAGAGAACCAACAGCAGCAUUGGCAACCGCUGGUGCCCGAGGCACUGACACCGGAACUGAUUAAAUGCGCACAAACUGGCCCGGGCAAGGUUGGUAGCCGACCGGCACUUCCAUUCUUCCGCUUCCAUAUCUACACCAUCACGCCGCAGAUAAACGAAUUCUUGCCACGGAGCUGGCCACGGUGCAUAACAAAUUGGUAAUGGGAUUGCUUUCAUGAGGUUUUUUUUUCAUUACCAUUUUUGCCUUUUACGCCUCUCCGCAAGAGAAGAGCCCCGGCAGCGCAGAAGCGCGAUUUUACAAUGAUUCAGUUUUUUUUAUAUGUUGUUCGCCCGCUCACCACCGAGCUCCAGACAAUUUAACAUCCAUUUCCCGUGGCCCCGGCACGAUCGGUUCCGGUGUCAGGAUUGCGUUAUUUCGUAAAUGGAUUCCACCAGAACAUAUGGAGAGGCGAGCAAAAAAGGCCAUUAUUUCAGAAUCGAUAAUGCAUGGCUAAAGUGAACCGCUUAGAGAAGCGCCCCAUUUUUGUGGAGCAGUUUUAUUAUGAGGUACAGGCUUUUCAUUCGCUUCUAUUAAUCACCCCGUAAAGAUGUACAAUCCAAUGAUCGGAGAUAGCGAGACGGAUGAUGACACAGCGCGCCCAUGCCCGAGGGGGAUACAGCAAGCGAACCGCCCAAAAAACCUUCCAGACCCGGGGCGUUUGGGUAAGAGACAAUAAAUUAAUACCGACUACUAAACCAUGGUGGAUCAUCCACAACACCCACCCGGGUUCUCUGGGAGGCUACUGAACACACAUCCUGAUCUAAUCAGCAAACUACCACCCCGAAUGCCUGAUGCACACCCGUCUUCGCCACGGUUUCGUCCAGGGUAGUCGUCAUCGCGCGCCAAACAAAUUGACAAGAUUGAAUGAUAGAGAAUUAUUCACCGUCCGUGUCCUGUUGUUCCGUCUAAACGAGCACACGGUUGAUCGCAGCGAGCUGUUUGACGGUGUAAAAACGACUCACUCGUUGCCUCAUCUGCCUCGUGUGGGGGUUUAUUGAAUGCCACCGGUUACCGGUCGAAAUGAAGAUAGUCACAGCGCAGCUUCACGAAACUACGAUCGCGAUCGCGCCCCACGAUAACGGCCAUAAAAUAUCCCACUUUAGGGCAAGGGGCGCAAGCGUGAUAGCGUAGUUUGCCGUUACUGCUAUUGUUAAACGAAACGGGAAAUUGACACCUUCGGAGUUUCGGAUUACGCAGAAGCAUUAAAAAUGAUCGCGAAACAUCGUCCUGUCCCCGGUAUGGAAGCGAAAACGAAAACAAGCCGUAAUACGAUUGACCGAUUGACGGGAAAAGUUACAACACAUAAUGAAACGAUUUCAAAACCAAUUUACACAGCCAGUUCAACUCUCUCAGAGGAGUGUUUUGAGGUAAAUGACGAAAGUCCAUCGCAAAGAAGCCUUUCUAGUGUAGCCCCCAACCAGAUCACUUCAGCGCAACUGAUCAAGCGUCCGGAAGGGAAAUUACUUACCCUAAUAAUCCGCAAAAACAGAAGAUACAAAAGCAAAUUAAAAAAAGCCACGACGACAACGCUUACAUUUCAAUUUGAAUUAAGCUUUAUUGAAGCUGAUGCCUUGAGGUAUCAUUCCGCACCUGCAUGAAGGUGAUCGCAUAUCCAAAAUAAGCAAAACAUGUUCUGCUUGAACGGUGUUGUUACUUAUUUUGGCGAUAUUAUCACAUUGACACGAGUUGAGAAAAUCGCCAAUGCAUUAAUACGCGAUUCCAUUGGAACAACCCAAUCUUAUUUAUAAUCCCCGGCAUCAGAUGUAAACUGUUCGCGCAUUGAUCAGUGCAAGUAAACCGACUCUUUAUCAAAAAAAGAUAUUUUCAAAAAGCACUACGCAUAAACGAAACGAAACGAAAGCAACUAUUUACUGCACUUUUUGUCAUUUUCUACAUCGAACGCCCAAGUUCGAGAAAGGGAAAGGGAUUAAUUAUUCCGGACUCGUGGAUAAUUACCAUCAGCAACACUGACCCGAAGGUGUUGACUGAUAAAGUAUCAGAUUACUUCAAUCUUGUUUGUGCCAUUUCUUUUUUUUUUUGUCGAUUACACAUCUUAAUCGUGAGUCUACACACGAAACGAGCUUCAACCGGGUUAAAACAGAAAGACUGUUAAUUAUUCCAUUGAAAGCUAGUGCGCUUUUGCAAUAACUGAGCAAAGCUAUUUGCUUUUUUUAACAUUUCUGUUCAAAUUAAAUCGAGUCUGUACGAAUCCGUCGCUCCAGCGAUACGUGUUUAAUCGCAGCAAAAGCGCAUGUACUGGAUCGACAAUUCGCGCAAAAAGUAAAAUAAUUUUUAAAUUACUACUCAUGCUCAAGCUAGAAGGUAAAAAAAACUAUAUGAAUGCAAGCAGCAAGAAAAAGGAACGCAGGAAAUUUGUAGCCUCGCCAUCACGCAUGUCAAUCAAACUUCAGCUACAAAAUUGGAGAAGGAUCACACGCUGCGGGGAGGAGAUUUUUAAAUCCAGUUCACCCCAACUCACACUCAUCAUCAGAUGGACACAUCAAUUUACCGGUUUGUGGUCAUCCGGCUGGGAAAUGAUUGCGGUACGAUUCGUUCCGAGCAGCACAAAAUUGGAUAACAUUUUCGAGGAUCAACAAUUGUGGUCGUAUGUUGCGCAGUCACGUUCAGCUUCAGUGGAUAAUAUUGUGAUUUACACGUAAUUAUUUUUUUUUUCAGUCUACUGACGUUUUGCGAAGACUUACUAUUAAAGUAACGAUUAUUUUCGUCCUUGCUUAAAUUAUUUGAACUUCAUUUUCGAACUAAAAUUUCAAUUUCCUUUCUUCGCGUAAUGAGCCUGUAAUGAUUCUGGAGAACUGGAAGAGCCGCGCUAAACAGAAGAAUCACUGUCAGAACAAGUGUCAACGAACACAAAAGCAAACACGAUCAAGCAAGCAGCGCUGGAUGCAGUCCGUUGUGUACGACGCAAUUAAAGCACUGUGUGGAACAAGUUAGGGUAAAAUGUGCAUUACAACAGAAUUGAUGAUUCAAUCGCUAAUUCAAUCCGGUGUAUCCAACGCAGCAUCGCUAACGCCGGAGCAGAUUCGAGAACAAUACCUGCGCACGCAGCACGCUGAACCAAGCAUGCCUAAUAUACGAUUCACUGCACCAGCGCCAACACAUCAGCAGCAGCAGCAGCAGCAGCAGCAAUCCGAUGAGGAAGGUGCCUCGCUUUCCUCGAGCAAAGACGGUUUGCUGACCAAGCUGUACCAGGAAAACCAGGACAUGAAGGCGAAGAUAGCCGAGCUGGAGGGUAUGAUCGGGCAGGCAAAGCCGUUCGACGCCACGCACGUGAAAGCACUGGUCCAGCCGUUCAGCGGUGACGAUCUGAUGGACAUUCACACCUGGCUCGCGAAGCUGGAGGAUACGUUCCGUGUAUUGAAAGCGGGCAAAACCGAGCAGCUGGUCGCCGCGUGCGGGCUGCUGACUGGCACUGCGGAAGUUUUUCGGCGAAUCACAACCUUGAAGGAUUAUGACGAUUUCCGUACGAAGCUGGUGGAGGAGUUCCGCUAUAACAAGCUCACCGACGAAACGAUCGUGAAGGAGCUGCGGAAGCAUAUGCUGAAGGAUAGCAACGUACAACGGUAUGUGCUGGAAAUGAUUGAGCGAGCUAGCGGCUAUGCUAUCGCGGAAAUCGACUUGGUGGACAUCAUCGUCGACGGAUUGAAGGAUAAUUCGCGCAACGUUGUAAUGCUGUACGGGGCAAAAACUAUCCAGGAGCUGAAGGAGCUGCUGCCCCGGUACAUAAAACGAAGAAAUGAAAACAAAAUAUAAUUCAGGUGGCGAGAUCCGUUCCGAACUUCAUGCCGAGCCGUGCGAAGGAUGGCUGACGCUCUACUCUUCCCCAUUUCAAAUGAACCAACCUUGUUUUCUUUCUUCCAGUUUAUAAAAAUAUGAAAUAUGAAAUAAAGGAUUUAAUUUUGUUUGUUCCAUGAA